ACGUCUGCGCCUGCGCAGUAGCUCCGGCUCGACGUCACGGUCAGUAGUGUGUAUGGUGGCAGCAGCGGCCGCAGCGCAGAGAGAGGCGGGGAGUCUGCAGCCUCAGGGUAAUCGGUGGCGGAAGGUGCCGGCGGACCGGAACGGUGCUCCUCUCGGUGACGCUGGCUUGGAUGGGUAGAACACGGUUUACUUGAUAGGAGGAGUUCGGAAAAGGCUUCCAAGGUGGCGACAGACAAGGUUGCAGAAAAACUGAGUUCUACUCUCUCAUGGGUGAAGAACACGGUGUCCCACACUGUCAGUCAAAUGGCAAGUCAGGUGGCCAGUCCAUCAACUUCACUAUAUACUACAUCGUCGUCCACCACUCUGUCUACACCAGCACUUUCUCCGUCUUCCCCAGUGCAGCUGAGUCCAGAUGACGAAGUGUUGCUAGCAAAGCUAGAAGAACAGAACCGGCUGCUUGAAAUAGACAGUAAAUCCCUGCGAUCAGUUAAUGGAUCAAGGAGAAAUAGUGGCUCUUCGCUGGUUUCCAGCUCCUCUGCAUCCAGCAAUCUCAGUCACCAUCAGGAGGAGGAUACCUGGCUACUCUGGGGUCGCAUUGUUAAUGAGUGGGAGGAAGUGUACAAGAAAAAGGAAAAGCAGAUAAAGGAACUUGUCAGAAAAGGGAUACCCCACCACUUUCGUGCAAUCGUAUGGCAACUAUUAUGCAACGCUCAAAAUAUGCCAAUUAAAGAGCAGUAUUCUGAUCUCUUAAAAAUGACCUCACCGUGUGAAAAGCUCAUCAGGAGGGACAUUGCCAGAACAUAUCCGGAGCAUGAUUUCUUCAAAGAGAAAGACAGUCUGGGGCAAGAAGUUUUAUUCAAUGUCAUGAAGGCAUAUUCCUUAGUGGAUCGAGAAGUUGGAUACUGCCAAGGAAGUGCUUUUAUUGUGGGUCUGCUGCUUAUGCAGAUGCCAGAAGAAGAAGCUUUUUGUGUAUUUGUUAAAUUAAUGCAAGACUAUCGUCUGCGAGAACUUUUUAAACCCAGCAUGGCUGAGCUGGGCCUGUGUAUGUAUCAGUUUGAAUGCAUGAUCCAGGAGCAGCUGCCAGAACUCUUUGUGCACUUUCAAGCCCAGAGUUUUCACACCUCCAUGUAUGCGUCAUCCUGGUUCCUGACUAUUUUCCUUACAAGUUUCCCAUUACCGGCUGCCACGAGAAUAUUUGAUAUAUUUAUGUCUGAGGGUUUAGAGAUUGUGUUUCGGGCAGGGCUUGCUGUUCUGCAGAUGAAUCAGAUGGAAUUAAUGCAGCUGGAUAUGGAAGGGAUGUUACAGCACUUUCAGAGAGUAAUUCCCCAUCAGUUUGAUGGAGGCCCAGACAAGUUAAUCCAAGCUGCUUAUCAAGUGAAGUACAAUGCAAAAAAGAUGAAGAAGUUAGAAAAAGAGUACACUACAAUAAAAACAAAGGAGAUGGAGGAGCAAGUUGAGAUCAAGAGAUUGCGCACGGAGAACAGACUCUUGAAGCAACAUAUUGAAACCUUAGAAAAAGAAAGUGCAUCCUUGGCAGAUAGAUUGAUACAGGGACAAGUGACAAGGGCCCAGGAGGCAGAGGAAAACUACCUCAUAAAACGGGAGCUGGCCACCAUGAAACAACAGAGUGAUGAGUCCAGCACUAAGCUGGAGCAGGCUCACCAUACCAUCAGCGAGUUGCGGCAACAACAGCAAUUGCAUAAAUGUAACCCUCGCUACUCGGAGGAGUUUGUUCUGCAACUGGAGAAGGAAUUGGUUCAAGCAAGACUUAAUGAGGCCGAAUCCCACUGUGCAAUGAAAGAAAUGCAGGACAAGCUAUUGGAAAUCAAAAAGAGAAAUCAUUCAUUUCCGGAUGAAAAUAACCUUGCUAGACUACAAGAUGAGCUUAUUGCAGUGAAAAUUAGGGAAGCAGAAGCCUUAACAGCCAUGAAAGAACAGAAGCAACAAAUAAGGGACUUGGAGGAUCACUGGCAGAGACACUUGGCGCGCACUGCUGGUCGGUGGAAAGACCCGCCAAAGAAAAAUACAGUCAAUGAACUGCAGGAUGAGCUGAUGAGUGUUCGGCUAAGAGAAGCAGAAAGACAAGCAGAUUUGCGAGAGAUGAAACAGCGGAUGUUGGAAAUGGACACACAGAACCAGAUAAACAGCAACCAUCUGCGCAGGGCAGAAAAGGAGAUCAGCAGCUUACAAUCAAAGGUGCACAGUCUGUCAUCCCAGAACAAGACUCUACAAACGCAGCUGACUGAAGCAAAGCGCAAACAGGCAGAGACUGAAUGCAAGAAUAAGGAAGAAGUGAUGGCAGUGAGACUUCGAGAAGCAGAUAGUAUUGCAGUUGUAGCUGAGCUCCAGCAACAUAUAGCAGAGCUGGAGAUACAGAAAGAAGAAGGGAAAUUUCAAGGACAGCUCAACAACUCAGACUCCAGCCAGUAUAUCCGUGAAUUAAAAGAUCAAAUUGAAGAACUGAAACAUGAGAUACGAUGUCGAAAAAGUCAGAGGGGCUUCACAGACCAACCCACUUUUGAUGGUAUCCAUAUUGUCAACCACAUAAUAGGAGAUGAUGUAUCCUUCCAUUCUUCUGAUGAAGACUAUGCCUCUGGUACUCUACGGCAAGGGGACGUUCAUUAUGGUCUUGCCCAAACACAUGGAAAGUUGGGGUUAGUCCCUUCCGAUUUGGACAGCAGUGAAAGCGAUGUUGAAGAACUUAGCAUCACGGCUGAUUCCAAUGGAGUGGCCCCAAAACAAAUGACAAAAAGAACUGAAUCUUACUCCACUACAGUUUAAUUUAUAAAUGCCACUCUUCAUCAAGACACUUUUUGAUUGGGCAUCGAUGACUAUUGUUACAGUAUGUACUAUACUAUUGUAUGAUCUUCAGACCGAACUGAUACAGCAUGUAUAGAACUUCUACUUGCCUUCACAUUUUGCCAAAAUGUCACCAUUGCCAUACACCAGACAAAGACGUUCGAUGGAAACAUUUGUUCUAACAGUGUUAUCAGAAAAUACAUUUGUUUUCUUUUUUUAAUGUUUAUAGCUUUAGAUCGAAGCGAGCGUAUCCUAAUUUGCUGAGCACAUAAGAGGAAGGUCUUGUUUUUGUUUGUUUUCUAGUUUACCACACUGGUAAAUUUCAACAUUCUGCAGACACAACAGCAAAGAAAAAACCCUGUGCAAUAUUUUAUGCCUAUGAACAAAAGUUAUGCUUUUAUAAACGUGUAUAUAUUUAUGGUUUUGGUCUGUCAUACAGAGUGUGCCCUAACUUCAGACUUCACCCUGUGUCCUACUACCAUCCCAAUGCGCUAGUUUGAAGACACCUAUAUUUUGUCAGUGUGCUGGCAUGUCUCUGUUACACAGGGUGAGUGGGCAGGGGAACACCAUACCAGUUGUUUAAAUGUUUGUAUCUGUGUGUUUGUAUUCUUUUUUUUUUUUUUUUUCUUUCUUUUUUUAAUGCUCUUCAAUAACACUAAAUCCAACUUUCUUACAUAAAAUUAUAAAUCUGCAUCACUCCAGCAAUGUAAAAGGGCAGUAGUGUUUUUAACGGAACUAAACAGAAUGGUUGAUUGUAUCUCAGAACAAGUUUCAGGUUGUGUACUAGCAAUCUAUACUGUGGUUAUCCUGCUUUCUACACACCAUUGUGGCAUCUACAUACUGAGGGAAGCUAUGUAUUGUGUACUCCAUACAGCUAUGGGAAAGUAUUUUUUGCCUGCAAUCAUGCAAGAGGUCUUUCCAUCGAAUCAUUCCAGAUGUGGCUGAAGAGCAGAAACAUGCACUAUAUACAUAUAUAUUUUUAUUCUUUCUCAUUCCAAUCAUAUCUAUAGUACCAGUAUCUCAUCACAAAGUACCUAAAGUAUGCAAAGGGAUUUUAUUUGUUACCCUAAACUGCUGCAUCGCCAUCUACAUUAACUACAGUUAAAAGGAUACAAUCUGUGAUUUAAAAAAUAUAUAUAUUAACGGUGUAUGGAAAGAUCAAAAUAUCACUGUGCAGGGACAUAAUGCAGCUUAAUGCUGCAGACCGAGACCAAAUUCAAUGCUUUUAGUUUAUUUUAAAUGCCUUUUUCUGUUUGUUUGUUUGUUUGUUUGUUUGUUUUAUUUGUGUGCGUUGACUGUUAUCAAAUAGGUCAGUUAAUGUUCCUUGUGAUAUAUUUUUGUUUAUUUUGUACAUAAAUAUACAUAUAUUUCAUGCGAAAGGUGCACAGUAUGCAUUGUCCAUUUUAUACUAAGGAUGUAAAUGUUGGAACCUAUUUUAGUCACCUGUUUUGAUACAGGAACCGGUUAUGUUUCUUUAUGUAAAUAGUCAAAAUGACUAACAAUGCAGAACACUAAUAUCAUAUCUUUGUCAAUUAAACUAAGGACCAUACAUUGCGUUUCUUGUUGGCAAUGUCAUCACUUAAAUUCUUGAUAAAACACUAUUGAUGGAAAUCUUUUAACCUAUAUAUAUGUAACUAAAAUAAAUUUUUUUCAUGAUUUAA